GUAGCAGCAGCAGCAGGGGGCCAUAAGUGAGAGCGGCGCUCUCUGGGCACUUUGGGCGUCGAUUAGGGGCAGCCUGGCGCGGCCACUAUGGCACAGGUGAGUCGAGGACGCAAAGACAGGCACGAAUCAUGGCUGUCUGUCUGUUUGUUGCCUCGUUUGACUUUUGGUGUCUUGUGCUGUGGCUGUGUGUGCGCGUGUGGAUCAGUAUGGGAAGAAGGAGUAUUGGGACGAGCGGUAUACCAAGUAAGCAAAUGGGAAAACGGAUGCUCACGUGGACAAAGGAGUGCGUCGGCGUACAUGCCGCUCAUGGGCUCUCUCUGCGUGUGUGGAUGAUAUGUGUGUGUCAGGGAUCCCGAUGCGUUUGAUUGGUACCAGCGGUAUCCGGCGUUGAAGGAGAUCCUGGGCGACCUGGUGCAGGUCUCGCACAAGAUACUCAACGUCGGAUGCGGCAACUCAAGUACGCACAACACACACAAGGACCAGAACGACACACAGAGAGAGGGAGGGUGGGUGUGUAUUCCUGGACGUGACUGACGUAUCAGGGUUGUCUGAGGACAUGUAUGAGGACGGGUACCACAGUAUAGAGAACGUUGACAUAUCGAGCAUCGUCAUCAAGGGCAUGCAGGAGAAACACGCAGACAAACCCGGAAUGGCAUGUAAGACAGAAGACCGUCGGGGACACAGCCCAGCCCACCCAACGCUCUGUGUGUCCGUGUGUGUGUUUCGGUGUGUGUGCUGGUCGGUCGGUGUCUGUCAGUUCGUCAGAUGAAUGUGUUGGACAUGAAGGAGUUUUCUGACGGCCAGUUCGACACGGUUAUCGAUAAGGGCACCAUGGACAGCAUUCUGGUACGGCGGUGCCUGCAGAGAGAGCAUGGCGUCAAAGCAAUGCAUGGGGGGCAGAGCAGAGAGCACCUGGGCUGAGGCGAGCAGACAGAGGCGUCGGUCGCCGGACUGGAUGUCUGUCUGCUGUCUUGCGUCCAUCAGUGCGGGCAGGAUUCGACGCGCAACGUGCAGACGAUGCUCAAGGAGAUAUUUCGAGUGCUCAAGUAAGUAACCAACCAGGUGGAGCAGACGCACGAAUGGGCUGUGCGUGUGUGAUGAUUGCUCACAUGUGUCAGGCCAAGUGGUCAGUACGUCUGCGUCACGUAUGGGCAGCCAUCGUACCGGAUGACGUACCUGCAGGUGGGGGUGUGUGUGUUACAUUGAUUUAAUUGCUUCUGGGAUGCAUGUGUGUGUGGGUUUCUGUCUGUCUUGCGUGGCGUGCAGCGUCCCGAGUUGGGGUGGAAGGUUGACAUCAAGACGGUGCAGAAACAGACCAUGGCCGUCUCAGGUGCGGGGCGGUGCGUGCGAGGCUGUGGCCGGGGCCCCCCCCACACACACAUCACAUCAGUCAGUGUCUUGUGUUCUGUUUGCCCUGUCUGUCCUCUGUGCUGUGUGUAUCACACAGCCAACAUCCAGGCAGACGAGAAGGACAACGUCCACUACAUCUACGUCUGCACAAAGGUCGGUCGGCGUGUAAACCAGACAGACAGACAGACAGACCAACAGACAGACCAACAGACAGACGGACGGACAGGCUGCUCUGCUCUGCGUGUGCCUUUGUGGAUGGCUGGAUUGGAUGAGUGCAGACGGCAGAGGGUGAGCACAAGAUCCCGAUGGACUCGGAGAACAGCCCCACAGAAGAGGUCGUCGCGUGAUCUGAUCUGAUCGGGCUGGGCUGGCUGGUCGGACCGACUGACUACCCAGCCCAAGACACUGACAUACGAGUGCAUGCGAAGCGAAUGCACACCUAGUGUGGUACACCUCUCUCUAUGCUCAUAUAUGUGGUGGAUCGAUCUGAUGUGUGUGGUGUGCAACACGAGAUGAGAUGGAAUGACUGACACGGGGUGGACGACAUGCAUGCCGGCUGGCCGGCCCUUUCCCCCUCCCCUCACAGAGAGAACAGAGGCAGGCCAGGUGUGUGUGUUGAUAUGCUUGAUGGUGACCAACGACAGACAGAUCGACGUACGAGUACUUAGUAGUCUUCGUAAAGGGAAGGACGGACGGCCGGAUGCAUGGUGAAUUCGAUCGACAUGAGUGCUUGCUUGUCUGCGGGGGCAGGGUGUGUGGGGGUUGACCUACUCCGCUGCUUGCUGCUUGCUGGUCUGGUUGUGCGCCUGCGUGGGCUUCCUUCCUUGUGUGACCGACGUUUCAAUGCAAUGCCCCCAUCUAUUCUAUGAGUGUGUGUGUGAUGUGUAAAGCCCUUGGUUGUUUGUUCGUUCCCUUCCCCACCGACCACAACGUGCAGUGCAAUGCAUCAAUGCAUCAUUGGAGUGUAUGAGCAACAGGGAGGGAUACACUCACACAGAAAUGAGUCCACAGUCACCGAUCAAGCGUGUGCC